UUUGCCUUCACCUCACAUGGGCGGAAAGAGUGUUGUGCUAGCGAUUUUCAUCUGAAGUCAAUAUAUCAGAUGUGAAAUAUAAAGUUAUAUGUAAAAAUAUGUUAAUAAUUUAAGAAAUUCAAUGGACUCAACGCCAAAGCCUUAGAAGCAGAAUUCGUAUACCAUACUUAAAUCUUGAAUCCGCUCCUAUCACUGCUACCUCCUCUAGGGCUCCCUCCCUUUUUGGCUUUUCAACAUUAACGUACUUUAACUUUUCUUGUAUUAUAUAUUCAACUUAAGUCCAAGAGAGGUUUUUCAUUAAAGAGCAUCAGAGCAACAUAAAAUUGUCAAUAUUCUUCUUUUAUCAUGGCUACAAACUACUCCUUACUGAAGUGAUCUGCAGAUAGUUAGCAAAUGGACAUUGAAGAUCACAUAUCCAAGUACUAGAAAAAAGAGUUAUGGGUGGUAUGAAGGCUUUCUUGUGGACUCUUGUUUUACUCAGUUUAUUGUGGCUCAUUUUGUAUAGUAUUUUAGUCAAUCAGGAAACUAAAAAAAUCACUGCUACGGCAAUCGAUCAUUUAGAUGUUUGGAAGAUCAUACAAUCUGGAAGGUAUAAUCUUCAAAAGAAGUCAAAUCUGAGUUACGUGAGCCAAAGAAGAGUGUCUACUGGAAUCAAUCUCAUUCCUAACAGGAAAUCAGGGAAGGGAGCUAGAGCAAUCAAACAUGUAGAUGUUUGGAAGAUAAUAGAAGCUGAGAGGCAAUAUCUUCAAAGGAAUCCAAAUGUAAAUUAUGCGAGCAAAAGAAGAGUGCCUACUGGACCAAAUGCCAUUCACAACAGGAAAGUAGGGGAGUAUAGAGAGCCACCCACUCGAGCUUGAGCUUUGGAAGACCCUUGCAAGUUACUCUUGUAAAGAGUCAAUCAAUCAUAUUUACAACAUACAAAGCUGUGAUGACAAGUAGGUAUUUCAUUAGAGUGAACUCCAGUCCCAUUUUAUAUGGCAUUGUUACUAUUUGGAGAGUCAUAACGGUUUUUCUUUAUCACAAGUUUCUUAUGUAAGUAUUAUGAAAUAUUAACUAUUGUGACUUGUGAUGCUUACUUUUGUGUGUGUGUGUAAUUUUCAAAUUUGUAAAUUUUACUUCAUUGCUUUUCUAUGAAUCUAUGUUUGAAAUCA